CAGCUGCUUUCAAUUUUGGUUUCUAACGUUCUGUUUGGUAGCCGAAAGGAAAAGGAUUCUCUCCCAGUAUUAAUUGUGAAGUAGGCUAAGCUAGGGGGUAGCUACUGUUCUCUUCUCUCAGAUUUCAUUGCAAUCAGCGCAAGUGUCUACGACUCAACGAUGGAUAUGGGCAUGGCUACUGCGGCUGACUCUUUCUGCACUUCGUCGAUGGGAGGAGGAAUGAUAAUGUAUAUGGACGGUUUUCGCUUUUCUUUGAAAGGUGGACAACCUUGCCUCAACCUUUUCUUCCCGGAAUGGACAUUAGAUUCGAAGGGAAAAUUCGUUGCUGCCAUGGUUGGAGUCUUGCUCCUUGCUGUAGCCGUUGAGGGUGUGUCCAAACUUAGGUACUGCAUAAUUCGAGCCGCGAAGGCAUCGUACCGCAGUCCUGAUCAAAAUCAAUGGAAUCUUACCUUAUUACGUUUUGGGAUUUCUUCUAUGCACGGCGCUCAAGCUUUAUUCGGCUACAUUAUUAUGCUGGCAACUAUGACGUUCUCUUUAGAGCUUCUCUCUUGUGUAAUACUUGGUUUGGGCAUUGGAUACGGCGUCUUUUUUCAAACAGAUGAUGUCUUUCGGGAAUCAGGUCACGUGACAACGAAUCCUUGUUGUGCCUUCAUGGAGGAUGAAGUUAAGGAUCUGCACAGCCUGAAACGAGAUGUAGUGGGCGCCUUCCAUCCGGAUGACACUCCCGUGUCGACUACGGUCUCGGACUCAGGUACUGAUAACUGCACACCUAAUCCCGUCUAAUUGAUCUGAACAGUAAGGC